CAAUGAUAUGAUACCGCAUAAGAUACAUCAGGCUGCAGAGAAAUGCGUAAAACUUCACAGUCUCUCCGUUUAAUUGCUUGUUUACUAAAUAUUUCUGAAGCACACAAUGAACGAAUUGUUGAAUCGGUUGCCCUGUCGGCGACCAAUCUACACAUACCUAAACAAGACCAAUUUCAAGGCCUAGGAGGUAAAAACAGCAAUGGAGGAGUAAAAUGUCCAGCCACUGUUCUCAACAUUUUCUCGGAUCUGGAUUACAAUCGAUCAGUAAUAACCAUUGCAGCACCAAUAGAAAAUAUAGAGGAAAGUGUGUAUAGGGCCUGUGAGACUGCUUAUGAUCAAAUUGACUUAGGUAAUCAUUGUGGCGGUCACCCACGACUUGGCUCUGUUGAUUUGGUUCCAAUCCAUCCAAUCAACUCUGAAGUAGAUCUAAAGGAGUGUGGUCAAGUUGCUCAACGAAUUGGCCAUAGAAUUGUUGAAAAUAUCAAAGGAACGUCAGUAUUUUUCUUCGGACACGCUGACGUGCCUCAAAAUAGGGGAUUAGUGAAUAGGCGAAAAGGUGUCAAUUGGUAUAAAGGUAAAGGUGGAAUGAGCUUUCACAAUAUUGGUUGGGAUUUGGGUCAACGUCCAUCACCUAGAUAUGGUUGUACAGGCGUGGGUGCUAUUCCAUACAUUACCAAUUGCAAUGUGACAAUAAAUACAAAAGAUCUGGCUCUAGGCCAGGAGAUUGCAAAAUCUCUACGUGCGUCAACCCCUGGGGGUUUGCAAGGAGUGCAGGCCAUGGCAUUUGAGCAUAAUGAAAUGGUGGAAAUAGCUUGUAAUGUUGAGGCCUUUGAGGAUCCUUCAAGUGAUGGACAGAUUCAAUACACCAAAGCAGAGGAAAUAGAAAAUAAAAUAAAAGGACUAGCUAAUACAAGAGGUGUGGAUACUUUUGGAUCCAAACUAGUUGGUUUUACUCCAAAUGAAGCAUAUUUCAGAGCAGAAAAGGCUCUUUUGGAAGGGAAUGCAACUGUCUGGAAAUCUCUGGAGCAGGGUUUAUUGAUGUAACAGUAAUGAUGAAAAGGUAAAUUGAUGUAACUUUAUCAGAAUUGGUCUGGUACAACUUAAAAAAUACUAGUGAGUCAACUGAUGGCUUAUUGUUGAGGGAACAUGACUGAGGAAGAUCAUGUAGUAUCAGUUACGUGGAAAGGAUGGCAGUAAAAACAUUUGCCUCUCACCAUUAUGAGUCCAAUGUGACAGGUGUUGUGGGUUUAAUUUGACACUGCAGAUGGAUGUCACAUGAAUAGAGUUUGUUUGGUGUAAAUGCUCUCUCUUUAGUAGAGUUCUUCUCCCACAUUUCCUCCCUUUGUGAAAAUCAACAUUUGAGUUUAGACCCAGUUGUGUGCAGUCAACUGGUGAGUGUGUUACUCGUGGUAUACUUACAGUGUGACUGCUAUAACUGAAGCCCCCUAGACGGUGAGAACCAAUCGAAUCGUAGAAUGAAUUUUGAAAAAUGCCAAAGAAUGGUAAUUUGACACUGAUGUUGCAUGUAAACAACUACAGUAGAUAGCCAUUGCCAUUUUCUCAUGGGACUAAAAGCAUAUUAAUAUAUGUCAAAAGACUGUUGUGUUCUGGUUUCUGAUUGGCUCCACUACCCAAAGUUGAAGUGUAUUGUUUUCAUUCUACAAUUUGAUUGGCUCUUGCUGUAAGUGUCCCUUGUUAUAGAACUCUCACUGAUGUUAAAUAAAGAUUUCUUUCUUUUAUUUUAAAUAAACAUGCAAUUA